AUGGACUCUAGAUCCGCGUCCGAAGUCGCUCACCCGUCGCCGGCGGCCAGCACCUCCGCCAGCACGCCCAAGGGGAAAUUGCUGCUCCCGGCUAGCUGCGAGCCUCCGCUGCCGAACGCGCCGAGGAAGCAGCUCGUAUGGAUUGUCUUUGGCGGCACUGGCCAUAUGGGCCGCUCGCUGGUCAAAUGCGCGCUGGCGCGGGGUGAUUUGGUAACGGAUGUAGGACGCACGUUUGAGAGCUCGCCUGAGGAGAUGUCGGGUCAACAUGAGAAUUGUCUUGGCCUGCUGUGCGAUGUGCGCGCACGGCAGAGUGUAGCACAAGUCAUUGAGCGGACGUUGGAUCACUUCGGUCGCAUCGACGUGGUGGCUAACUGCUCAGGAUACGGCGUGAUUGGAGCAUGCGAGGAUCAGGACGAGCAUGAGAUUCGCAACCAGUUCGAGACUAACUUCAUGGGCACUCUACAUAUCAUCCAGGCCACUCUUCCUUACUUCCGCCAGCAGAAUUGCGGGCGUUAUCUCAUCUUUAGCUCUACGAGUGGAGCCUUGGGUGUACCUGGACUAGGCCCUUACUGCGCGACCAAGUACGCGGUAGAAGGGCUGAUCGAAGCGAUGCUCUAUGAGAUCGACUCGUUUAACGUGAAGGCUACUCUAGUAGAGCCGGGAUUAGUAAGGCGCGACGAACCGGAUGCUGAAGCCAAUCCGCUGCCGACAUGGGGUCACUUCCUCAUCAAACAGCCAAGCGAGGCAUACGGGCACUCGUCGUCGCCGGCGCUGCAUGCGAAGCGCAUGGUACAAUGGCUCGGGGACCGACAACCGACAAGCGCGGUUAAGUGCGCCGAGUUAGUGUGGCAGCUAGCACACUGCUCGUAUCCGCCCCUACGCCUCGUUCUCGGUAGCUACGCCAUCGAAAGUAUUCGGGACCGCCUUAGAUCUGUCACGGAAGAGCUCGAGGACUGGAAGCAUCUUAACUAUCCUGCAGCGCCUGAUACCGAGGCCGCUGCUGCUUCGGCAGAGAAGAAUGAGAAGGAUGACGAUACGGGGGAUUCGAAUGUUGAGAUGCAGGAUCAUGCUACUUAG